CCGUAGUUGAACACGGCAAAGGUUUUGAAGCUGGCAGCCUGGCACACUCUCACAUUCUUCCACUGCCAGUUCAUUUUCCAAAGAAAGUGGAAGAGCACAAAAGGAUGGAGGCCGGGGGCAGCCAGAAUUCAGAGACGGGCAAUGGUGGCGCAGUCAAGCCCCUACAACCAAAAGUGCGCCGGAGCUCUGUCUCGUCACUAAGCGGGACGGAGAUUGAGCAGCGAAUGACAGAAAAGGGAGCUGUGGAACUGGACCUGUUGAGACCUGAAAGCAGUGCUUGGCUGAAGGGGAUCUUCAAGCAGAUUCGCUCCGGUGACCUUGAGACACGCUUCUGUGCGUUGUGGAGAUUCAAGGAUGUUUUCAACAACAUGGCCGUGGCCAAGGGCUCCGGACAGAUCACUAGGUUUGCAGCGUACAUGCUAGAGCAGGGCAUUCUAGAAGAGGUCAUCAGGAUCUUAGACGCAGCGCAGUCAGACGGGGAUUGGUAUCUCAUACCCAGGCUUUGGACAGGCUACAGUGCAAUCUCAAAGUUGGACUGUGCUUGAGAAUUGUUCACGGCUUGAUGCUGGAUGUUCGGACAGUGCGCUUCGUCAGAAAAGCCAUACCCAACCUCCUCUCCAUUGUCGAGGGAGUCUACUUCGCAAAGCCGGUCACAGCCGGCGAGUUUGCUGCUAGAGGGCUUGAAUCGGAAGUGCCUUCUGACCGGCAUGAGUACGACAAGAAGCCAGCUUUGGGCAUCCUGCUUCAGCUGUCCGUCUGGUCAAAGCAAGCCAGGUCUACGAUCUGUAGUAGGACAGUCUUCCUCCGGCGGGUCUUGAGAGACUGCAUGGCACGCAGCGAGUUUGCGCAGGAGAUGAUCGAGCGGGUAGUCGUGACCUCCAGAACGCUGCUCCAAGAUGAAACCUGCAACCUUGUUGUUUUGUUCGACGAACUUCUGGAUGUCAGCUUUAGGGCUCUCUUGAGAUAGCGCAGAGGAGAGAGACGCUUGAGUCUGCCAUGCACCUCCUCCAGGACCUGGGGGCUCAGCUAAAGUUGCACCCACAAGGGAGAGUCCUUGAGCCAACUGCACACGGCCAGGCCAACAAGGAUUACUACACCACGCAGUUGGUAGCAGUAGCCAAUUGUCCCGGCUUCAUGCUGGAUCUCAGACCCAUGCUGUACCUGUAUCUGAGCAUCUUCCACGCACUGUUCCGCCCCUUCCUCUUGAGUGGUGGUCCUGGGCAGUGCACGCCGGCGCAAGACCAAGAGCUCCAGAAGUACUUAGCCGCAAACCCCACCGCAAUGGCUAGGAGGCGCCAGAUCUGCAACAUUCUAGCACCAGCCAAGCCCCCUCUAAAAGUUCGACAGAACUCACAGCCUUCUAGCCCCCGCCCAGAACCUGCAAGCGCCAAGUCCGCAACCGCUUCCGCUUACGUCUACAAGCCGAUCGAGAAUCCCCUCGGGUUCGUUCCAGGAACGGCUAGCUACUGGUAUGGGGAUGACGCGAAGUCUCGGAGGAAGUGCUCGCACUCGAGCUGCUCCGAAAUGGAGUCAGCAUCGAGGCGUUUCAAGGUCUGUAGCGGCUGCAAGCUCGCAAUCUACUGCUCCCAAGAUUGUCAGAAGGCUGCCUGGAAGGGUCACAAGAGUCGGUGUCGAACAGUGAAUAAGGGUGGCGGCAGCAAGUGAGCUGGUAGAAGGUUGCUGUAUGGUUGUUGAGUACCGCACUUUGCAGUCGCGAUUGCCUAUGCGAUAUGCGAACAGCCCCCUGAUAGAAGCAUCUCCGACAGGCCGCAUUGAUCAUAAAUAAUCGUUGAGGUGGGCCGCCUUUGUGGUCUGUCCUACUAGGCUAUACACGAAUAGAUUGGGCGUGCAGGAUCAGAGCAUCUCAAACGAGGGCUGUCUCCCAAGGCGUUGCGCUCUGCCUCACUUAUGAAGUUCGC